AUGGCAGCAACAAAAACAAAAGCCAUAGGCAUCGACCUUGGCACAACAUACAGCUGCGUAGCAGUGUGGCGAAACAAUCGUGUUGAGAUCAUUCCGAAUGACCAAGGAAACCGCAUCACCCCGUCUUAUGUCGCUUUUACAGAAACCGAAAGGUUAAUAGGCGAUGCUGCCAUAAACCAAUUAGCCACUAAUCCACACAACACUGUUUUCAAUGCCAAACGUUUGAUUGGUCGUCGAUUCUCCGACCCGUCAGUCCAACAAGACAUGAAGCUUUGGCCUUUUAAGGUUGUCCCAAACAACAAAGACAAACCAAUGAUUGUGCUCACCUACAAAGGCGAAGAGAAACAUAUUUCACCUCAAGAGAUAUCUUCCAUGGUGUUGUCAAAGUUGAAGGAUGAUGCUGAAGCUUAUUUGUGCCAUGAAGUGAAAGAUGCUGUCAUCACUGUUCCAGCUCACUUCAGCAACUCCCAGAGACAGGCUACAAAAGAUGCAGGGAAAAUCGCCGGUUUUAAUGUGUUGCGGAUCAUCAACGAGCCUACUGCAGCUGCUAUUGCUUAUGGUUUUGACAAGAUAAAAUGGAGAGAAGGUGAGAAGAAUGUGCUUGUGUUUGAUCUUGGUGGUGGAACUUUUGAUGUUUCCUUGGUGACCAAUGAUGAAGGAAUGUUCAAGGUUAAGGCUACAUUGGGAGAUACUCAUUUGGGUGGUGUUGAUUUUGAUAACAAUUUGGUGAACCGUCUUGUGGAACUGUUUCAUAGAAAGUAUAAGAAGGAUUUGAACAUCAGUGAAAACUCCAAAGCUUUGGGGAGGUUAAGGUCAGCAUGUGAGAAAGCAAAAAGAUUACUUUCUUCAACUUCAAUGACAACCAUUGAGCUUGAUUCUCUAUGUGAAGGGAUUGAUCUACAUGUCACUGUUACUAGAGCUUUGUUUGAGGAAAUAAACAAAGAUUUGUUCAAAAAGUGCAUGGAGACUGUGGAGAAGUGUUUGAGUGAGGCAAAGAUUAAUAAAAACCAAGUUCAUGAUUUUGUUCUUGUUGGAGGGUCUACUAGAAUUCCAAAGAUUCAACAACUAUUGAAGGAAAUGUUUAGUGUCAACGGCGAAAUCAAAGAGCCUUGCAAAAGCAUUAAUCCUGAAGAAGCUGUGGCUUAUGGUGCAGCAGUUCAAGCAGCAAUAUUGAAUGAAGAAGGAGACAAGAAAAUUGAAGACUUGUUGUUGUUGGAUGUUAUGCCUUUUAGUCUUGGUGUUGAGACAGAUGAUGGUGUCAUGUCUGUUUUGAUUCCAAAGAAUACAAUCAUCCCUACAAAAAAGGAGAGAGUUUUUUCUACACUGUCUAAUAAUCAAGAUAGUGUUUUGAUCAAAGUGUAUGAAGGAGAAGGAGUUAAGACUGAGGAUAACUUUUUGCUUGGGAAAUUUGAACUACUAGGAUUCUCUUCAUCACCUAGAAAGGUUCCAAAUAUCAAUGUUUGUUUUGAUGUUGAUGUGAAUGGUAUUUUAGAGGUAACUGCUGAAGAUAAGACACAAGGGUUGAAAAAGAAGAUUACUAUCAUCAACAAGGAAGGAAGGUUGAGUUGUGAAGAGAUGAGGAGGAUGGUGAGGGAUGGAGAGAGGUAUAAAGUAGAAGAUGAGGAGGUGAGGAAGAAGGUGAAGGCAAAGAACUUGUUUGAGAAUUAUGUUUAUGAAAUGAGGGAGAAAGUGAAGAAGCUUGAGAAGGCUGUGGAGGAAACUAUUGAUUGGUUUGAUAGAAAUCAAUUGGCUGAAAUUGAUGAGUUUGAGUUCAAGAAACAGGAGUUGGAAAAGAAUAUGAAGGUUCUUUAA